CAGGGCCUUCAACUCUUGGCUCGUGACACCAGAGCACGCUGAGAGACAGCUCGAGCCCUCAGCUCUCUCUCGCCUCCAUCUUGCAGAGUCACCCCCUCCUCCGCCAGACAUGUCGUGCUACAGCCCGUGCCAGACAGCCGCCUGCGGCCCAGCCCCGCUUGCCAACAGCUGCAACGAGCCGUGUGUUCUUCGUUGUGCCGACUCCAGCGUUGCGAUCCAGCCCCCACCGGUCGUGGUGACGCUGCCGGGCCCAAUCCUCAGCUCCUUCCCUCAGAGCACAGCCGUGGGAUCCACAGCGUCCGCUGCCGUGGGGAGCUCUCUCAGCGCCGGCAGUGUGCCCAUCGGCGCUGGGGGCUCCCUGGGCCUGGGGGGCUUUGGGUGGUCAGGGCUGGGCCGUGGGCUCUGUGGGACUCUGGGACGUGGCAAUCUCUUCUGCUAAAGCCCGUGGAUCACCUGCCUGUGCAUGAGCACCACGGGCCUUGAAGGCAGCCCUGGAGCCAGCCCUGAGGGCAUGGCCACGGUCUGCAGAGGAGCCGAGUUCCCACCAACUUCUCCUCCUCAUCGCCCGCCCUCUUUCCCCUGCUGACUAUCCCUGGUCUUCUGCUAUCACUGAGCUUUACUGAGAAUGUCCAAAGGGCAUUGCUGAAACUCUCAGCUGUCGCUUGUUCUUCUCCUUUUCUCAUUAAAGGCAUUGAGCAUCA